AUGCAUCCAGCCCCAGAGUAUGAGUUGUUGUGUGAAUCCCCCAGAGUAGCAGCAGCAGCAGCAGCAGCAGCAGCAGCAGCAGGAGGGGGAGGAGGGGGGAGCUCACGCAGCAGCAAACACAGCAGCAAAAAAAACAAAACACGCAGCAGCGAACUGCAGCAGCAGCUGCAGCAUAAAACAUCACAAAUACCAGAGCAGCAGCAGCAGCAGCAGCAGCAGCAGCAGCAGAAAACUAUCAGCUGGGCAGAUGCACGAGGGCCCUCAGAACGCACCACAGAGUCCUUGGGGGAGACAGAGAAAGAGCAGCAAAACGGCAGCAGCAGCAGCAGCAGCAGCAGCAGCAAAGGCAGCAGCAACCACAGCAGAAGCAGCAGCAUACUAGCUGCUGCUGAUGCUGCUCCCCCUGAGGAGCCUCCCUCUGUGACUCCGCCUGAAACAACGCCAAGAAUAGCACCAGCAGCAGCAGCAGCACCAGCAGCAGCAGCAGCAGCAGCACCAGCAGCAGCAGCAGCAGCAAAAGCAUCGCAGCAGCCAGCGCCUCGCUCCCCCUCUCUAGAGAAGACAAGCAGCCUGAAGAAAUCCAGCAGCAGCAGAAAGCCCCUACAAACAAGAAAAAGCAGCAGCAGCAGCAGCAGCAGCAGCAGCAGCAGCAGCAGCAGCAGCAGCAGCAGCAGUGCAGGGUACUUGAAGAAAGGGAGCAGCAGAGGAGCAGCAGAAGCUGCUGCUGAGCUGCAGAAGUAUAUGAGCAGGGAGCAGCAGCAGCAAGCUGCUGUUGCUGCUGCAGCAGAACAGCUGCAGCAGCGGCAGCAAUCCGUGCAGCGGCUGCGAUCGAAGAUAGUGCAUCAGCAGCAAAAAGCAGCAGCAGCAGCAGCAGCAGCAACAGCAGAUCCUUCUCUAGCUGAUAAAAUUGAAAUUGAUGUCUCCGAAUUCUCAGGAAAGAUAGAAAUAGAUGGAGACAAGGCGCAGGUGUUUUUGCUUUGUGGAUUUCUCAACGAUAACCUAGCAGACGUGAGGGUUUAG